AUGCCUGACCCAAAGCCCGACUCCAACACCUCUACUCCAGAGAGCAAAGGCAGCUCUACAGCCCUCACCUUCCACCCUGGCCACAUCACCCUCUCAACCUUCAACCAUCUACUAGCCUGCUACCCAAGAACCGUGGAACAAGUCCAUCGAAACAAAUUGACCCAGAAACAAACAUCAAAAUCAAAACCAAAACCAAAACCCAAUCCAAAGCGCAAAUCAGCAGAUGCAAACACCACCCAAACACAAGACCAAGACCCAGAUCCAACCUCCACCGACAAACAAAUCCAAGCAGACCUGGAAUCAUUCCUCAAACUCGACCACUGGCGAUACGACACCCUCCCCAAAGCCCUCGCCAAGCGCCAAGGCGCCGAAGCCCAUCUCACCAAAGAUGAAUUAAUCGAUAUCAUGGCAUGGAAGACCUCUCACGGCCGCGCCCGUCCAAUGCUAAUGGGCAUGAUCAAGGCUAAUCAGCAAAGCACUAUAACGAAGGCUACAUCUGAGGCGUUUGCUGCCUUGCCGGGUUUGGAUUUAAUUGGGGAUGGGGAUGUGGAAAGGUCGUUUCCGAAGGCUAGUUUGGAUGCGUUGACGGCUCCGUUGCGUGGUGUUGGGCCGGCGACUGCGUCGCUUGUUUUGUCGAUUGCGACUGUUGGUGGUGGUGGUGGUGGUGGUGGUGAUGUGUGCCAGGUGCCGUUUUAUAGUGAUGAUGUUUAUUUGUGGCUUGUCUUUGGGGUGUAUCCUUCUGGAGAGGGGGAGCGGGAGGGGGAGGGGGAAGGGGCGAGGUUGAAGGGUGUUAAGGCGAAUGGGGAGUUGGAUGUCAAGUAUAAUUUGAAGGAGUAUCGAGGGUUGUGGGAUGAGGUGCAGGGGUUGAGGGCGAGGUUGGGGUCUGUUUCGACGGUUGAGGUUGAGAAGGUUGCUUAUGUGCUUCGGCAUUUUGCGUUGUCUGGGUAUGACUUUGUUCGGGAUGCUGGGGGUGACGAGGCUGUUGUUGUAGAUCCGAUGGUGUCUGGGAGGCAGAGUAAACGG